CGUACGAACAGCAAGAUUUUAGUACCGGAAUAAAAAUGGCGAUGUACACAAAUAAAUUGGUACGGUGCUCCCGGUUCGGACCGACUUUUAUCGCGACGGUGCGAAAUUUCAGUGCUGAUAGUGGCCGAAAGUGGUUCCUGCCUUCCUCGGUGAAAUAUUUGUGUCUGAUUGGGGGCAGCCUGGUGGCCCUCGGCUGCGCCCAGUAUCGCCAUCAGCCAAGAGUGUACGCACUCCAGCUGCGAAAGGAUGAGAUCGCCGAUAAGGCCAUCAAGCUAACGGCCCGCGAACGCCGCUUCAUCAAAUUCGCCUCGGUUGAAUUCGACGGUCAAAUCUACAUGACGCCACAGGACUUUUUGGAGUCAGUCGUGGAACAGGAGCCGAGACCACGCCUGAAGCGAAAAUCGCUAACUCCAGAUGAGGUGCAGAAGCUGAAGGACUUCACGCCGCAACUCAAACACGGAUCUUCGCAGCUGUUCCGCAGUUUGCGCGAUAAAGGAAUAAUAUCUUACACGGAGUACUUAUUUCUUCUGUCUGUUCUAACCAAGCCACACUCCGGAUUUCGAAUUGCCUUCAAUAUGUUCGACACGGAUGGAAACCAACGCGUGGAUAAGGAUGAAUUUCUUGUGAUACGUCAACUGCUCGGAGGAUCGCUCAAGGAUCGUGACCUAGAUGAAGCGACAAGAAAAGCUCUGUUGCGUCUGGUUUCGACCACUGCGCAAGCAAAAUUUCUGCUGCGCCAGUACCGUCCAGAUAAAUCCACAGACGCUCGACAGCAGCGACCACAUGGGGAACACAAUCUACAGCGAGCUUCCCCGGCUAAGGGAGGUAAAAGUUUCAUGGAGAAGAUAUUUAGCUUCGCUUGGAAGGGUAAACGUGGAAUAGAAAACCAGGAAGGAGAAGAACCCGGAGAACAUGACGACUACGUGGAUGAUGAACAAGGCUUGCAAAGAAAACACAAAGUGGACACAACGCUACAGAUUCACUUCUUCGGCAAAAAGGGAAACCAAGAUCUGCAGUACGAUGGUUUUUACAACUUCAUGAAGAAUUUGCAAACCGAGGUACUCGAAUUGGAGUUUUGUGAAUUUUCCAAGGGUCACGAGCGUAUUUCGGAGGUGGACUUCGCCAAGAUCUUACUUAGAUAUACUUACUUGGAUACUGACGAAUAUGACAACUACCUGGAUCGUCUGCUGGACAGAGAAGCCAAGGAGAAAGGAGUGUCCUUUGAUGAAUUCCGUCAAUUCUGCCAGUUUCUUAACAAUCUUGAUGACUUCUCGAUUGCCAUGAGAAUGUACACUCUCGCCGAUCAACCAAUUUCGAAAGAUGAAUUCGGUCGCGCUGUUAAGAUCUGCACCGGCUCGGAGCUGAACAAGCACCUGAUCGAUACCGUUUUCGCCAUCUUCGACGAGGACGGCGACGGUUUGCUGUCAUAUAAGGAGUUUAUCGCCAUCAUGAAGGACCGGCUGCAUCGCGGUUUCAAAGUAAGUCACUACCAGCACGUAGUCGAAGACUACUUGGAGGAUAUCGACAAGGGUACGGUGCACGCCAAUAACUUUCGCCAGUUACUGAAGAUGCGCUCACGUGCUUGCCGCCGGCUUAGACGGUAUUUGAUUUAUUUCUAUAACCAUCCGGAUCACGGGUACAAUCCGGAGCACGAUUAUCGUUAAGAAUGGAUGCUUCUGGCGUAGGACAUGUAGCAGUAGUUUAAGUUCUAAAGUUGUUUGUCUGAGAGUGGGAUGAAGUCUGGCUGUUUGGUAAACGGUAGUAUUUCGACAGUUUGUUAGGGGAUCUCAUACAUUCACUUCCUAAGUUAUGCACUGUGCUUACUGUUCUAUAUCAUAGCUGUAGCGAUCCUAGCGUAUUUAUUGGUGUUUGACGUUAGUUUUAUUUGAUAAGAAUAUUAAGAGUACUACGGUAAUUAUGAUGAAAUUUUGAGUUCUCUUUUUUCUUAAAUUCGUAAAAUAUCUUAGGUAAAAUUUUUUUUAGGAACGAAUGACAGCCACGGUUAAAGUCCCUUAAAAAAAAUUAGCUUAAAUUUACAGUAUUACUAAGCACCAAAACAACUGAUGACAGUAUAAAACAAUCUCACUAAUGUGUUUGCUCUAUCGCCACUUGGAAACUUCUGACUCAAUCAAAAUGACUUCCACGACAAUGUUAUAGAACUAAGAGUGAAUAUAAAUAGACUGGAAGAAAAAAACGUAGUUAUAUUAUAUUGUAUAAAUUGUAGUAUGCGAAUAUACUUAGGCGCGAUUAUCUCUAACCAAUCGUUCUUUUCAUCAAAUUCUUAGAAAUUGUUUAAAGAGCUAUGGAGUGAUGUUUGAUUAAUGAUCUUUUUUUAUAUGUAAUAGAACAUUUUAUUUAUUUUGCCCAAAAUUUAACAAUGAAUAAAUAGUAUUAGAGCUUUGAUUUCAUUUGGUAGAAUUCAGAAUUCUUAAGGUAAGACAGACUUUUAAGAUUGUAGUCUCAAGUUAGGAUGUAAAUCUGGGGAAACAUCAAAUUCUUGGACCGUUCAAAAGUAAUGAGAAAAUAGAUAGCGUGGUUCAAACAAGAUCCUGAAAUAUAUGCUAAUCUUAUCGUUCAUUUGAUAACAUUCUUUGAGGGAAGCGAAACUUAAUUGCAAGUUAAGGUUAUCUGAACAGGUUAAAUUCGUAUGAAUUAUAGGACAACAGGGCAAAAAAGAAGUUUUGAAUUGCCAACACAUCAGCUAAGUUUCAUUCUUUUAUAACAAAAUUCUGUAUUCUGACUCCUUGUGGUUUAUCUCGUAUUCGUAAUUUAACUUAACAUUAGGUAUGUUGAUUUGUCAGAAGCUUCUAGUAUUAGCAGUUCAAUUUCCCUAAGACUUCGUCUCACUCUCACUCAAGCCAUUUUUAUCCUUUUCAACGAUCGGUAAGUAACGCUAUGUUGUGACUUACAAUUAUGUUUCUUAUAAUUUACGUUAUUUUGUAAAUACUAUUUGUUCUCAAUAUUUUUGUUUUAGUAAAUAAUAUAUUUAUAUGACUGGUAUGAUUGGUGAACAAAUAUACCUUUACAAAACUA